AUGCAACCAGCUCAGGUGUGGUUUGGAGACGAUCUUCCUCUAAGCCCCCGAAGUCCCCUCACUCCCCGACAUGGGCCAGGUUUGGCAGAUGUUUGCCAGUAUGAUGAAUGGAUAGCAGUACGCCAUGAAGCUACAUUGGUACCUAUGCGGGAAGAUUUGGCAAUCUGGCUAAAUGGUUUAUUGGGUAUUGAUGUCAAGGCGGAAAGAUUAUUAGAAGAACUUGAUAAUGGUGUCCUUUUAUGCCAACUGAUCAAUGUUCUGCAAAACAUAAUUAAAACAUGUUGUGAUUCCAAGGAACUAGGGGAUUUUCCGAUGACAAAAAUUCCCUGUAAAAAAGAUGCCCCAUCAGGCUCAUUCUUUGCUAGAGACAAUACUGCAAACUUCCUUCACUGGUGCAGGCGUGUUGGUGUUGAUGAGACUUACCUCUUUGAAUCUGAAGGCUUAGUUUUGCACAAAGAUCCAAGACAGGUUUAUCUUUGCCUUCUGGAAAUUGGGAGAAUUGUAUCAAGAUAUGGGGUUGAACCACCUGUAUUAAUAAAACUUGAGAAAGAGAUUGAGCUAGAAGAAACCUUGCUAAAUACCUCUGGGUCUCUCCUGCCGGACAGCCCACCAAAGUCCUGCUGUCACCACGGAGAGCUCCAUGAAGCUGUUAAGCACAUUGCUGAAGAUCCUCCAUGUAGCUGUUCUCAUCGAUUUUCCAUUGAGUAUUUGUCUGAGGGGCGCUACAGAUUAGGAGACAAAAUACUUUUUAUAAGAAUGCUGCAUGGCAAACAUGUGAUGGUUCGUGUUGGUGGAGGCUGGGAUACUCUUCAAGGUUUUCUGCUUAAAUAUGACCCCUGCCGAGUAUUACAAUUUGCAACUCUGGAGCAAAAAAUCCUUGCAUUUCAAAAAGGUAUUUCUAAUGAGAGUAUUCCAGAUUCACCCGCCAGAACCCCUGCACCGCCUUUAAUGGAUCCAAUGUCAGCUGUCAACAUGUUUCAGAAGCAAAAUUCGAGACCUGGCACUCCAGCUUCUGUGCCGAAGGCCAGGGAGAAGCAGGCCAUUAGCAAACGCCCUCAGUCUCCUGCUCAGAAAUGUGCCACCCCUACACUCCAUCUGCCCAGUUCACUGAAAGCUGGUCACUCAAACUCUGGACAUUCUAAAGUCCCAAAUUUGUCAACAACAGCUUCUCCUCAACAUCUCACAAGUUCAAAAGGAGCACCAAAGAAACCAUUGUCUCUUGCCCAUCCAGUCAGUAAAACUACGUCUUCCCGUGGUUUGUUGAAGACUGCAUUGAGUGUUUCUGAGUCUCUACACAACCGUGUGUUGUCCCCUGAUCACCCCAAAGUCAAACGCCCACCAGUGCAGAAUUCAGGGGGCAGGCCACCUCCUGCUCAGCUUUCACAGAAGUCUUCUGCACAGUUAAAGCACAAUUCUGUUUCUUCUAAGCACAGUGCAGUGUCUCACUCAGCAUCACCAAAGCUCCCCACAAGAAACGGCAGACUAGGGUUUAAGCCUUCCCCAUCUCUUCAGUCCCCUGCAAAAAUAGCAAAAUCUAGCACUAAAAGCACAGCAGAAAGACCAGUGACAGCACAAUCUCAGCCACCCAGUAAAGGGCCGCAGACAGGUAGAGUCCAGCCACAGAAGCUCCAAUCAGCCCAGAACUUAAAACAACCAAUUUCUUCAGCCUCCGUUUUGCCUGCAAAAACAGCCUGCGUGGCCACAUUGCUGGGACCAAAUGGUAAGAAUGUGGCUUCCGAAACUAAAAAACUGUCCCAGAAUAAGAGCAAAGGUCUUCCAGCGGGAUCUAGCCUCUCAAAGUCUUCUGCACGUACCCCAUUGUCAGUUGUAAAACUUUCCCAGUCUUCUGUCAGAGCACAGACUUCAGUAAAGGCUACCCAACCUGCCACAAAGAGCCAGCCUCCGGUGAAAACCCCACCAAAGACUGGCAGGACCGUGGCUGUUUCAACCAAGAAACCACUCUUGUCUGGGAAAGAAACAGUUAGCGAUGGUGAGAAGCUCACUCUGAAGAAAAAGGAGGAUGACCAUUAUUUUGUUAUGACUGGAAAUAAGAAAGCUAGAAAGUAAAUAAAAAUGGGUCAUGUUGGAGUGAGCACAGGAAAUAAGAAAAUAAUUUGAUUUAUACGUUCAAGAUCUGCAGUAAGGUCUUCUUUUUGUUA